AUCGGUCAUGGGGGUGUCGAUUGAUGGGUUGACAAGGCCAUUUGUGGCUUCUGGGAGAGGAGGUUGUUGUUGAUCUGCCAUGGUUGAUAUUUGUGGGUCGGGUGUAUAUAGGUCUUGAACAAACAGAGUGAGGGUUGGCGGUGACAAGCCUCGGCGACAAGGUAGCUUGUCACGAUGCGAUUGCGAUUUGCGAUUUUGGUGGAGGAGCUCUCAGUCUGGAAGCUCCAGCUUCGGUUCGUGCUUUGCGCAAAUUGCCCCACCUUUGUUGACACGCAGUCACGGGAUUUGGUGUUAGCUUGGCUUUUUGGCUCAAUGAUUUGGACAGGGGAGGUUCGCGCUUUCGUCCUUCUGCCUGGUUUGCAUUUUUUUUUGGUGGAAUGGCUACCGAAAAUGCACGGCUGGAGUGAGGACAUGCAACCUUCUUUCUCUUUUUAUCCGCCAUGAUACCACAGAGCCUUGGUUCUGUUUCUUCUCUUAUACGCAAUGGAUCGUUUUGUGCAGCGAUCCAAGUCUAGCACGAGCCGGUCACCGCUUGCCACUGGAUCCGGAAAUUCCAACAAGAGGCCUGAGGGAGCUGCGCAACGGACUACUCCAACGAAACGGAGAAGGGUUGCCGAGCUGAAGGAGAGCGGCGAUGAAGACGAUGAAUUUGACUUGCCAACCUUGACCAAGAGUAUCAGGGACAGCGAGGAUGAAGCCCCCAAAAUGCCACCACGCCAGACAGCAAUUGAGAGCUCUUUGCCGGCUGUCCCGAUAGAUAAAGAAGCGAUAGAGCAGUAUGAGGCCAUGUGCUCCUCUCAACCACAGAUCGAUGAAGACAAUACCACUACCAGGUUCGAAAAGCGGCAAUGGGUCCCAGGAAAGAGCUCUAUCUAUGUCGAUGCCUUCAACCUUGCAUUAGAGACCGUCUUGGAGGAUGAAUCGCCUUUGUUUGAUAUCAAAGAGAAGCAUGUCUUUGAGCAAUGGCGAGGCUUGAGCUAUGAGACUCAGUAUCUGUAUGUACGUCUCUUUCUGCGCAAGACUGCCUCUUGGCAUCGCGUGGAACGGCUGCAUUCUUCUUACAGCAACGAUAUCACCGAUGUUGAUCUUGCUAUUGAGAACCUUUUGGAGCCCCGGGAGUUGCCAGGUGACAGCAGUAAUUCUCCAGAAGAGACACGAUCUGAGGGUCUCGAAGUGUGGUCAUUGGGCGACACUUUUACCUUUGCGGAUGACUCUCAAGAAUACAUCAAAACUAUGGCAGACGCCACUCCGUUGUUGAGUCUUGACGAACUCAAGGCACUUGCAAAGGAUGCCAAGGUUAAGGGGAAGAACAAAGCCGAUCUAGUCAAGGCGCUCUGUCACACAAGUGCUCGACAGGCCGGCUUGCUGUCCUUGGGUCUAAGUCGGCAAAAUACUAAUGAAUCGAUAGCCUCGCGAGACCAGGAGCCAGAAGACAAUCAAGAAAAAACGGAAGUAAACAGGGAUUCUCACUUUCUCAGGAAGAUACUUGCUACCACAGGGCCACUCAUCAGGCUCUCCGAGCCCAUCUUCAAACUCUUCGAGCGUGUUCAUCUGGUCUUCUACCGGUCAACCGAAUGGACCGAGAACUCACUGACGGCGAUCAUCCUGGCUAAGAUUGCACGAAGGAACUACCCAGACUAUAUCGUCUGCAGAUCCUCCAACAUAUUCGACUCCCGCCAGAGCCUCCUGGAGUUCGAGCUCUCGAUGCGCAAAGACUUCGAGGUGGACAAGGUUCUCGAGUUCAAUGGCCCACCAGGUGAAGCAGGGUUCCUCAAGGUCCUCGAGAUCUUUGAGGGCAUAGCUGAACGAUGGAGAGAACUUCUCAGGCAGGAACAGCACCGCGAAAAUCAUGUAUACGAGUUUGGCGAAGGGAGCUACCUUCGUCGGUUCAACGCAGCUCACGCCUUCACUCGGGUCGCUCACAAAGCUGCCUACGUCCUUGGCCGUCUACACCGAUAUCGGGAAGAACACGCGCUUCUCACCGAGUUGCUCAGUCAGCAUCUCUUCCAUCCAGCCCGCCGCGGAUCGUGGUAUCAACGCAAGGCCUUACUGGAGGAACGGUACAUGUGGGAAGUGGAUCCAGACCCUGUGUCAACCAGUCCCGAAACUCAGAAGAAGCACUGGCAACAGAUUGCCCUCAUCACCUGCGAGACGGGACUGGAGGAUAGAGACUGCCACCUGAUCUAUCACUACGACCUCCAAAAGCGCCUUCUCAAGCUUGAAAAGAGAUUACGGGUGCCACGUCGUCUGCAGCAUGACUUUGGUCAUGUAAAGCUACGGGAACCGGAAGAGCAUAACGUUCAGGGCAUCCAGUUGGUUCGAGACGACCCGGAUCCCAAAGGCAAGAACGGCCGCGGCCUGAGCACCAAGACGACGUGA